GACUGCGAAGGCGAGAAGCGCGGAGGUAGGUCGAACAAAGGGAGGGUGAGAGCGCGAUGGGAUGGCAGGGGAUAGCCUCCCCAGAUUUGAUCGAGCGCACGCGCGCCUAUUCCUCCGAACGGUCAUGUCGACAAGUCCGACCCUCGCGACUGAGCAGCUCCUGGAGCUUUUGAUGCAACUCAAGAAAACCACGCCAGACGCCGCACGACAAAUCCUCAAUGCUCAGCCGCAGAUCGCGUAUGCGCUCAUCACGCUCAUGGUAUCUAUGAAUGCUAUAGAUAUAGAUGUUUUCCAGAGAACCUUGACAAGCCUUGGCCCGUCUGGCACCGGAGCGCCGGGACCAGCACCAGCACCCGUUCCCCCAGUUGCCAGCGCCAUACCUCCAUACGUCCAGCCUCAGGCGGAUUACCGCACGCCUACCCCUCCGACCUCAUAUCCCCCUCAAUCACAAUCCUACGCGAACGGUCAAGGCCGCUAUGCAGGGUCUUCCUCAUACCCGCCUGCCCAUACCCCCACACCUACGCAGGCGUACGGUGGAGGAUACGGAGGCUAUCAACAGCCUGCUCCCCCUCAAGCUCCUCCAUCGAACCCUGCCGCCGCCAGUGUAGCCACCAUGCUGGCGUCCAUACCCGACGAUCAAAAGGCGCUGGUCGUGCAACUCCUUUCACUUACCCCGGAGCAAAUUGCCGCCCUCCCACCAGCUGAGAGGACGAAUGUGAUACAGCUCCGGACUACGCUUGGUCUUCCGAUGUGAUGUCGCGCUUGCUUUGCACCUUGCUAUCUGUGGUCUCCUGUUCCUUUAUCUCGCUGUAUUUGUAUGGGCCUGUCUGCUGGCAUGGGAAUCAAGGUGCUUGCUUUCGUC